AUGGCUGGUGCGCUUCUCUGGCUGAUCUGGCAGCUGGAAGGCUUUCCUGUCCUGACCCAGGCAUAUCUGGCAAAGUCUGUGGACACGCUGAAGGACAAAGCUCCUCCACUCGUCCUGCUUCAGCAGGCGGGCGUGCUCCGCUCGGGCAGAGAGAGCCUCGCUGCCAAGGAGGCUUGGCACAUGUCAGACUUUGGCAGUCAGACCGGACGUCAGGCGGCGCACCUGCAGACAAGAUACAGUCAGCUCUGCCUUGAUGUAAAGGAGGAUGGCAAUGCGUACAUGGGCGACUGCCAGGCAGUAGAUCGACAGAUGUUCUAUUUCGAAGGCUCGCGUAUAAAGUCUCUCGCCAGCAACAAGUGCCUCGAUUACGACCACUUCAAUGGCAACGUGCACAUGUAUCCAUGCCACGAGCAUGACAAUCAGAAGUGGUUCUUCCGUGGAGAACAGUUGAGCACAAUGUGGGAUGACAAAUGCCUGGACUACAACUACAACAGCCAGAACGUGUACAUGUGGUGGUGUCAUGGCGGCGACAACCAGAAGUGGUUUUUUGCUUCGGGACCAUUUCCGCCAGCUUCUUCGAGCACCUUGCCUGGGAGCAGCACAGCUACCACCACAAGCCGUGACACAACGCCGGUGAGCAAUGUACCCCCGACAACAACCAGCCAGGCUAUCGGCACUACCACAAGCACCCGCAGCAGCACACCCACCCCUAGCAGUAGCACCACCAGCACAACCACCACGACUACAACCACCACCACUACAACCACCGCCACUACAAUCACAGCCACCACAACCACCACCACUACAACCACCACCACAACAAGCACCACAACCACCACCACAACCACCACCACAACCGCCACCACAACUACCGCCACGACCACCACCACCACCACAACCACCACUACCGCAAGAGCUCCCACCACAACCACCGUCGCCGCCACCACAGCCAUCUCGGCCAUUCCAAUUUCCGAUCGUCCUGUCUGCAAUGGCGGCAUGGCCCCAGAGGUUGCAGGACAUCUCGCCUGGAACAAACAUUGGGUGCUUGAUGCAGGCUGCCGCUAUGAAGUGUGGGAUACCCAGGCCACAACCACCUGUUUGUCAGGAAGCUGGGUGGUACUACAGGGUGCAUCAAACGUGCUGCUCAUGUUCCACACGCUGCUGAUGAUGCUGACACCUCCGUCGACGAACCGCAUUCGCUCAGGACGGUUUGGUGGUCGAGCAGUCAUCGAUGUUUUCAUUCGAGAUGGACACAUCCUUGACUACAGCACGCUGCCAUCCGUUGGAAAUCCUUGUGAGGAGGUAAAGCAUGGAGUGAUGGGGGCUUCUGACAACUGCAAGCAGCAUGUGCUGAAUCACUGGGCGGACUUGCCAAAGCAUGAUGGCGACGUGCUCCGGAUCACCAUCUUUUGCUGGUGGUUCUGGGACGCAACACCGCUCAUCCUCGACAUUGUAGAAGCAGACCAGCGCUGGGCCGAGGCAGACGUCGCGCUGAUUGUCCAGGUGUCUGCCUGGUACACGAUCUGCAACUACAUCAAGACACAUGAAUGCCCACGUCAGGACUUGCUCGAGGUCAGCGAGGCUGAAGCCGUGAGAAGCUUCACUUCCGAGAUGCAGAGCGCUCUUCAGAGGUUGAAGCCCUUCUGCCAUGGACGAGCUCAACGUCAUGGCUGUGUUGUGGGCACUAAGUCAUGGAGUGCUGCAGGAGGUGAGCUGGGUGCUUCCUUUGCGCGCUUUGAUGAGGUGGUGCGGCAGAAGAUGACGGACUUGGAUGGCCCUGCAGAGCUGCGAAUGUUCGACUUCUUCAAGUUUGGAGCUGGUAUGCCAGAGCAGACCAUAUUGGGACACGGUUCACAGAUCCUGCAUUCCUGGGCCUGGCAAAUCAUGCUCAAUGGCUUCUGUCCUAAAGCCGAUGCCAUGAAAGUCUCGGGCCUGACCUUUGCUGGGCCUCUUUGUUCUGCUGAAGACGUGAAUCUGGAGAAGUGUCCCGAGUAUGCUGAGCUUUGCCAUCAAUGGGGAAGGUGCACCAUGUGGAUGUGUAUGAACAGCAUUCCUUGCCAGCUACUUCCGUUUGAUCUUCGAUCCUUCGAUGCCGAUGCACCAACAAAGAGACAGAUCGGACAGAUGCAGGAAUCGGCAGCUUCACCCGGCGAGCUCGUGAGCCUUCUUCCUACAACGCAUCCGGUCUCAAGAGACAGCAGCUCAAGUUUGCAGCUUCAUCAUGCAGGCCAACGGGAUGUAGAGGAGAUGCGAUCAAGGACACUGCUGCUGCCGCUGCGAGCCCUGUGGCUGCUGCUUCCAUGGCUCUCGCCUCGUUUCCUGGGAAAGCUCACAGAAGGUGCUGGGGAAGGACUUCUGCUGCGAGCUGUGGAGGAGACACGCCUUCGAGCCUUUAAUCUUUGGCAAGAACACCCAUGGACGUCCAAAGAAGAGAACUGGAUUGCUGCUGAGCGGAGCCUUUUGCAUCCAGUCGUGCAAAGUGCGGUUGUGAAGUUCGAAGCGUCCACGCAGACCGAGUGGGAAGAAGCGGAUCCAGAAUGGCAUAAGAGAGGCGCAUCAAUGAGACUGCCAAUGGAUGCCUUCCGAUGUGCCUUUGACUCACGCUCUGCCACCCCGGACGCCAUGCAAGAGGCCGCAAGGCAUGCAAGCCUGAGGAGCACUCAAUGCAAAGACAAUCAACAAGUCCGACAAGUCACGCACUCUGACAAUGACACCGUCGAGUGCAAAGAUCCUGCAUUCGAUAGUGAGAAGUCCAACACGUGUCCGGGAAGCCUUGCGCCACAAGCAUGCGGACCAAAGUUCAGUGUCUCCCAGAGUGAUCGUCCAGACAAACUAUCGGAGAUAACGCCUGCGGACGCGCGUGCAGAUGCAGCUUGCAAAGAAGAUGUGACUGAGUACACUGCUUUGUCUUCGCGGAAGGGAUUUGGCGGCGCAGGGUACCAGAAGAAUCGCAAAGAGCGUGAAGUGACAAAGAUGACCGGUGGUGAGGGCGACUUUUUGGAGCAGACAGCAUUUCAGGACGUUCAGGAAUCAAUCAUAGCUACGGCUGAUUUUGCUGCAGAGGUUCCUCCGUCGACUGAGCUGAGCCCAGCGGUGGCCAAAAUGUCCAAAGUUCAACGGCUGGAGCGGCAGGAGUUCGUGGCAGCUCCUUGUUGGACUGCGUUGAAGGGCGAGUUGAGUACAUCGUUGUGGUGCGGACACCAAGCGAGCAUUGACAGCUUCCAUUCUCACCAUGGUCACGUCAGUCAACACGUGAAUGGCAAUCAAACCGACAGGGAGAGGAGUUCUUGGAGUUCUUGGACUUCUUAUCGCAAUGCUUUUGUCCCCAAGCUAGCUUUGGGCAAGGCCCGACAAGUCAAGAACUUGGCCAUGUCAGAACGUUCGGAUCAUGGAUCCGCACGCUCUGCGCGCUCACAGACAAGUGGCCGCAUGUGUUGGCCUGGCUCCAACAUGGAAGUUCCGCCCCUGCCAGCCCCUCCUGAAAACCAUCCCUUGCUCACCCCUCGCACUGGCGCAUGCGCCUGGCAGACGACGCCGAAGCAAGCCAAGCAAACGCCUUUCGUGCCAAGACUUCCUUUGUCUGAGCGAGUUCGAGCUGCACGAGGCACUCCGCGCGGACUUGACAAGGAGGUCUUCUCGAUCAGCACCCCGCACCUGCCCGGACAGAUCUCAGGACCUGAUGGGGCCAGGUCAAGAAGCGCUAGCCCCAGCAGCUCCGACAGCAGCCUGGACUCCUUGGAUGUCUACUCUGACUGGGAGCGCGUGGCCUCGAUGGAAACAUCAGCUUCCGGCGUGCAAGAGGUGCCUCCUUCCACAAGGGCUCCACCAGCUGUUACCCUCACAAACCCUUUCGAGGUUGCCUUGACUCAGCGAAGUCUUCGACAGUUCGGCUCAGCACGCAGCCUCAGCGGCAGCAUGCGAAGUGAUUUCAGCGUUUGUGGAUUGUAUGGCUGCGGCAAGGAUGCUGAAGCACAGGUGUUGCGGAAGGUCAUCCGGGAUCUCGAACAGCAACUGCAGGCCCAAACCCUGGAGCUGGAAGCCCUGAAGGCCCAGGUCGCGACAGCAUAG